AUGAAGUCUCUCCGCUUCAUUAGCGCUGAAGUAUUCGUGUCAAACGCGGAGUUAGCCAGGAAGAGGCUUGGUGGUGUUGCACAUAAUCUUUUUCCUCUCCUUUUUAAAGCCAGCUAUUUACUAGAGCAAGGGGAAGUGAUUCACGACUUGGUAGCGAACUGGCCCCUCAUUGACUUUAACAUGAGAAAACUUCUGGGAACUACUGCGGACUAUCAGGAAGACCUGAGCCACAGAACAUGCUUAGUGUGCUUGGAAAGCUGCCUGACAGGGCUGAGGGACUACGUGCUGAACCGGUCUUCUCUCUACAUGAAAAGGUUGAAAGUGGUCGACCUGACAGGUAUAAAAGAUGUUGAAGUGCAGUUUUGUGACUGUAAGAAGGCAAUGGGCAGGUGGGCCAGGACACAAAUGCUCUCUAAGAUUUGUUUAGACCUACUGGUUUACCUGCAACAAACACGGUGCGAUCCAGACGCCUUCGAAAUCAACAUCGAAGUGCUGACUGACUUGUUUGUUACAGAGCGGAACUACGAGCUGGUAGUGCAGGCUCUGCUGAAGAGAUGCCAUUGCCCCCUGAAGAUCUGCUGUGUGGCAUUCAGGUCUGACAACCUGGCUUUGCAGAAGUUCUUCUAUAUCAUAAAGCUGACGGAUCCCUCAGCGUUGCGCAAGCUGGAAAUAGUCCACAAUGUUCGCUUGGAAGUGGAACACUUGGAAAUGCUCUUCAACACCAUGCACUUCCCUCUGCUGAGCUCCUUGACUUUGCCAGCACGGACAAUUAACGUGCGGCGGUUCACAGCCACGGAUGAACAGAUGCUCUGUAACGUUGCAGAAAAGAUGGGCGAGAUGAUGCAGCUGACUGAGCUGAGCCUACCGUACUCCAUACUCACAGGAAGAGUACAGAACCUGCUCAGCCCACUGAAAACUCCACUGAAGAUGCUGGAUGUUUCUAACUGUUCACUGAACCUUGCUGAUAUGGACUAUUUAGCCAGCAGUUUCCAUGCUUAUCACUUAGAAGCCCUGGACCUGAGUGGUCAUGAUUUAUGUGACAUUUACCCAUCAAAAUUCCUUAAGCUUCUCAGACAUUCCUCUUCGGUCCUCAGGAGUCUUACCCUGGAGGACUGCAACAUCCAAGACACCCAUGUCAACAUGCUGAUUUUAGGUUUAAGCCCUUGUCAGAAACUACAGGAAUUGAAGUUUCUUGGAAACCCUUUGUCAUCCCAAGCACUUAAACACCUUUUCACGUUUCUCUGUGAGCUACCACUGCUGAAAACUGUGGAGUUUCCAGUUCCACGGGACUGCUACCCUGUUGGCAUCACCUACCCAAUUGAUGAUGCCAGUCUCUGCAUAUAUGAUCACCAAAAAUAUGAACGUGUAGCAGAGGAGCUUAAACUCAUUUUACUGCAAGCAAAUAGAGAGGAUGUGAAGGCUUCAACUCCACUCUUCGGCAGUUAUGACGCAGCUCUUCAGGAGACGAACAAUGAACUGGGAGCUUAUUUGAUCAAAUCCUUCAAAGAGACUUUAGAAAAGUUCACUACCUCCCUUAAAAUGAGUUAAAUGUGUAACACAGUGGUGAUGAGAUCCUCUGUCAAAUCAGAAGUUAGUUAAGUCUCUUCCAGAACUGAACCCUCAUUAAUCAGUUCUGAGUUUUCUUUAAUUUCUUGACUGAAUUGACUUCUGCUUGAGUAGUUUCUGAUCAUCUGAGGUACUUUAACUGUGCCAUGUCUAUUACAUGUGCCUUAUGUAAGCACUUUGACUUCAUUAUUGUGUCCCCAGCGUGCCUCUGGGCAGCAGGUUGAUAGCCCUUACUAGUCCUGCAUUGCUUCCACACUGGUGUGUCCUCCCACACCUUGCCACACGGAAGCCUGAUGACUUUAUCUCCCUCCCCCCUCACAUCCUGUUUAGAGCCCUGUCGACUAGCCCUGCAAUCUCCUCCACAAAACCCUCUUCCCCCUUUGAGAGAGGUGUCUCCUGUUUGGUGUCAGUAACCCUGGCGCUGUAUGGAUCAUGUUAUUGUCAAAGAACCCAAAUGUAUAGUGGUGACACCAUCCACAGACUCAUGUACAGCUGAAUGCCAGAAUAUUUAAAUGCUUUAUGAAGGUUGCUUAUGCAGCUAUUACCUCUGCUUGCUCCUUGCCUAAUGUCAGUCCUGGUUCACUUCUGUAGAAUCAUAGAAGGUUGGAAAUGACCUCUGAGAUCAUCAGUCUGAGUUGCAAUAGUCAACCCUGCCAUGCCUACUAAACCACUCCUUCUGCUUCCCACAAACUCCUGCCUGUCUUCCUUUUUCAGUCUUACAUAUUGUU